AAGAAGAAUUUGUAGUUUUAAAGAUGGCGCUGCCCGGCGGUCUACUCGUGCGGCUCAGAGCGCUGUGUAAUGUUUCCAAAUGUGUUCAUACAGGAGGCAAAACAGCGUCGAACUGGGGUAGAGGCAUGCGGUGGUACAGAACAAACCCUCGGAGCUUUGACGAAGACGGGACAUCACAUUUACAGACCAAAGGAGGUAACGUGAGCCAAAACCUCUUGAAGGAGUUUCCAGAACCUAAAAUGCUCUUGAAUAACACCAUUUCCCGUUCACUGGGAGUCAGCGACCUGUCCCAGUUCAUCCAGUACAGCUGCACGGAAAAUGAGGGCGUCAAGAAAGCCACUGUCACACUACAGUGGCCCUGCAAGAUUGAAGAAGAGGGUUUUGCCUCCAAGAGGGUGGAUGCAGAACGAUUUGCUGCAGCUGCUGCUUGUUUCAAGCUCAGAGAAAUGGGUUUCAUUGGUCCAGAUAAUCAGCUACCCAGGAAGGGAGCUGGCAGGCAAAGCAGCAGGCUACAGUCACUACUUUAUGAUAACUUGGAGGACUCGCAGACAGUAAAUGCACCCAUGUCUACAAUCAAGGCAGAUGAACAGAAACAAUGGCUGCCUCCCGAUGAAGACUUCUCCACUAUCUCUGAAGCUUGUUCCCUGUUUCCACAACCUAAAUCUCUCCUCACCAGGGUCCUUCAGGUGGCCACGUCAUCCAACAGAAUCAGGGAGCAAAUACAAGUCAAAAUAACAGGAGGGAAGCUGAAGAAGUGUUUUGUAACACUGCACUGGCCAGAGAAGAUGACGUUCUACGCCACAGCGGGGAACCGAGUGACAGCAGAGAAGAGAGCUUUAGCUCUCGCCUGCAUGAAACUGAAGGAGCUGGAGCUGCUGGAUAAGAACAACAACCCACUGACUCACGCCAGUUACCAUCGAGAGAAGGUGAAGGAGGCAGGACAGCGAGAGAGACGCCCCCUCCCCCUGGAAGUCCCAGAGUACCUGGAGGAACACAUGAGAGACUACCUCGCACAGUACCCAGUUGCAACAGAAGUACAGAAGGUUUGGGAAGAGGAAGAGGCGAGAGGACAGCAGACAGUAAACGAGGAGAAUGAGGAGGACAAAGAGGAGGAGUUGACAGACGCCAUCACAGGCAGGCCAUUCAAACCUCUGUCUAAACACGAGGCGCGGCAGCUCAGCGCCCGUCUGCAGGAGCAUUGGGAGAGCGCCAACCCUGGGCUGAGCGUGGAGCUCCCGGUCGAUGCCCACCGUCAGCGCGUGAUCUCGGCAGUGCAGUCGUCCAGGGUGGUUGUGAUCGAUGGCGAAACGGGCUGUGGGAAAACAACACGGAUCCCCCGCUUCCUGCUGGAGGAGGUUGUGGCAGAUGGCAAGGGGGCCGAGUGCAACAUCCUGGUGACCCAGCCUCGCCGGAUCAGCGCCGUGUCUGUGGCACAUCGCGUUGCUCAUGAGAUGGGUCCAGUUCUGAGAAAAUCUGUGGGAUAUCAGGUGAGACUUGAGAGCCGACCACCAGAGCAGAGCGGAGGAGCCUUGCUCUUCCUCACAGUGGGCGUCCUGCUGAGGAAGCUGCAGUCGAACCCGUCCCUGAAGGGAAUCAGCCACGUGGUGGUGGAUGAGGUCCACGAGAGGGACAUUAACACAGACCUGCUGCUGGCUCUGCUGCGCACCAGCUUAAAGGAGAACCCUGAUCUACGAGUGGUGCUUAUGAGUGCCACUGGGGACAAGGAGAGGCUGUCUGACUACUUUGGGGGCUGCCCGAUUGUUAAGGUGCCUGGAUUCAUGCACCCGGUGAAGGACAGAUACCUGGACGACGUGCUGAGAGAGAUGGGACGCACACUGCCAGUCGGGAAUGGAGUGGAGACAGACAAGCAGGGGGAAAGAGAUGAUGUUGCUCCAGAUGUAGAUUUAGUAGCUGAUGUAAUCGAACACAUUGACAAACAUGGAGAGCCAGGUGCAGUGUUGUGUUUCCUCCCUGGAUGGCAGGACAUCAAGGCUGUCCAAGAGAUACUGGAGGGGAGGCCCCACUUUUCCUCUGGCUCACAGAUGAUCUUGCCCCUGCAUUCUAGUUUAUCAGUAGCAGACCAGCAGGCAGUGUUCCAGCGCCCCCCAGUGGGCCAGAGGAAGAUUGUCCUCGCCACUAACAUCGCUGAGACCUCAAUCACCAUAGACGACAUCGUCCAUGUUGUGGAUACGGGAACUCACAAAGAACAGAAUUAUGACCCACGCACUAAGGUCUCCUGUCUGGACACAGUUUGGAUAUCUCGUUCUAAUGUCACUCAAAGAAAAGGGAGAGCAGGGCGAUGUCAGCCGGGACAGUCCUACCACCUGUUCCCACGAAAGCAGCUGGAAUCCAUGACUCCCUUCCCGAUCCCUGAGAUCCUGCGCACACCACUGCAGAGUUUAGUCAUGCAGGCCAAAAUCCACAGCCCUGACAGCAAGGCUGUAGAUUUCUUGUCCCUAGUGUUGGACAGUCCAGAGCAAGCAGCUGUGAGAGAUGCUGUUCAAAAUCUUCAAGACAUUGGAGUCCUGGACAAGACCGAAGCCCUGACGCCUUUAGGAGAGCGUGUCGCCUGCAUGUCAUGUGACCCUCGUCUGGGCAAAGUGCUGGUCCUGAGCGCCAUGUUCAGAUGUGUUCUGCCCAUGCUGUCUGUAGCUGCCUGUCUGACCAGAGACCCUUUUCACAACAGCCUGCAGAACAGAGCAGCUGUUGUCAAGGCAAAAGAGGCUCUGAGCGACUCCAGCUACAGCGACUAUUUGGUGUUCAUAAGAGCUGUGCUGGGCUGGAGGAAAGCUCAGUUUGAGGGGGACAGAGAGGACAAGGUCGAUUAUCUGAGCAAAUACAUGCUGUCCAAGUUCAGCCUUCGAUUUAUCAACGGUCUCAUCUCUCAGUUCAGCGAGAACCUGUAUGACGCCGAGCUGGUGCCUCUUGCAAAUGAAUGCCAGCGUCAGACUUCUCUCUACAACAAGCACAGCAACCAGGACGAGCUGCUUAAAGCUGUACUGCUGGCUGGACUCUAUCCCAACCUCAUUCAGGCAAAGAAAGGUGUUGUGACCAAAGGAGGGCGCUUUCGCCCCAACGAUAUGGUUUUCCGCACAGUCAGUGGGCCAGUACUGCUUCACCGGUCGUCAGUGAACAGAGGAAAAGAACUCCCGAGUCGCUGGUUGACCUUCUUCAGCGCUGUGCAGUCCAACGGGAACGUUUUCGUCAGAGACUCUUCUACAGUCCAUCCUCUCGCCCUGCUGCUGCUGACAGACUGUGACAUCACAGAGACAGUGAACGGCGACAGAGUGGAAGUAUCAUUUCCUGGACGCUCUCUGGUACGCUGUGAGUUGCCACUUGAGACCUGGGAGCUGCUGUGGGAGCUACGCACUUCCAUUCAGACCAUGCUGUACCGCAACCUCAGCAAUCCCAGCAACGCAGCGGCCAACUCCGCUCAAGACGGAGAGCUCAUCUCUUUACUCGUAGAGCUGCUCAACAAUACAAACUCAAACCCUUUUGUUCAGAGCAACAACAGUGACAGCGAGGUGGAUUAAAGACACAGAACACUCUCAGCGUGUGUGUGUGUGUGUGUGUGUGUGUGUGUGUGUGUGUGUGUGUGUGUGUGUGUGUUGG